CCCCUUAAAUAUAAGUGCGGCUAGUUUAACCGUGCUUUCAGGACUGCGGUGAAGCCACAUAACACGUAUCCCAUCAUUUUCUAUCCGAUUUCUCUGUCAAGAAAAAAAACACUUUAUAGAGAUUCGUUUUUGUAGCACAAAAGAAAAGAGUCUGGUGUAAGUGAGAGACGUUAAUCACACUUGUAUGUCUGUUCUCGUUCAAUGAAAAGGAAGAGACUAAUCUAAAUGAGGGAGGUGUGACAAUACACUUCUCAACUUCCGUGUGUUUACUGAUGGAGUAAUAAAGAAGCUCAUAACUGCUUACGAGUGCAGUACGAGUGAAGGAGGAACAGGCUGAUUAAAGACCGUUAAUAUUCAUUAUAAGAGUAAGAUCGAUUCAUUUUGUAUUUAUGAGGAUAUUUUUGGUGUAAAUUCUACACGUGGUGGAUCUUCGAGUGUCAGCUGUCUGAAGGCUGAUGUUUUCCAGAAUGUUGAGAAAUAUUACAGUAGCAGCGAUCCUCAUGUUACUGACAGUCACAGAGAGAGAGUGGUAUCGAGUCCAGAGCUCUGAAGGAGAACCACGAGACCUGAACAAUGAUCCAGAAUACUCAGGACGAGUGUCUGUAAGCACCUGGUGGUCUGACUGUGAGCUGACAGUGAGGAAUGUGAGAGUGAGUGAGUCUGGAGUUUAUAACUUUAGAUUUAAAACACAGAGCAGUGACUGGAUAUCAGCAUCAUCUGGAGUACAACUGACUGUUACAGACUUGCAGGUGAAGGUGGAUCCUAACACUGUGGGACAGAGAGAAGUGAAAGUGACCUGUAGCUCCACCUGCAGAAUCAACACACACAUUAUCUACUGGUACAGGAAUGGCCAUUACAUCAAAUACACAAAUGAUGCCUCCAUUGUUCUUGACUCCACCAGUCGAUCUGAUAAAGGCAGCUACUCCUGUGAGGUGUCUGGAACUGAACACCGCUCUCCUCCAGUGUGUGUUUUCGAUGAGAAGAGCUGCUGGAGUGUGUCUUAUUCCACUCAGACUGUCUGCUCUCUGAUUGGCUCAUCAGUGGACCUACACAGUUAUUACACCUUUCCUAAUAAUUACAAGGUCACAGAAGUCUUGUGGUUUAUUAAAGAACUUGAGGAUGUGAGAAAGGAUGAGGAGUAUCAGGGUCGAGUGCAGUACACACAGAGCUCCCAGAAUGACUGUAGUCUGAGAAUCACUAACCUGAGAGAGAGAGACGCUCAAACAUACAGGUUCAGAUUCUACACUGAUGAUCCUACAGGAAAAUACACCGGAAAACCUGGAGUCACUCUGUCUGUCACAGAUCUUAGGGUUACAGUAUCAAACAGGAAUGGCAACAAGAAGCUGAGCUGCAUCACCACCUGCUCUCUGUCUAAUAACCCCACUUACAUCUGGUACAAGAACAGACAGCGUGUUACUGACCAGGACAGAAAUGAACUGUAUGUCAGUAGUGGGAAUGCAGGCAGCUACUCCUGUGCUGUAAGAGGACAUGAGGAGCUUCGCUCUCCUGCUGUCUGCCUCACAGUGAUAAAAUCAGUGUGGUUCAUUAAAGUGCAGGUUGGUGUUGAGCCUGAGGAUGUGAGAAAGGAUGAGGAGUAUCAGGGUCGAGUGCAGAAGAGGAUGUGGAGCUCAGCUAAUGACCACAGCAGCACUGGUGAGAGUGGACAGCCUCAGCCUGAUGCUAUAUAUGAAAAUAUCUCAGCCUCAAACUGCAGAGUCGCCUCAGAUGAUCAGGAUGACGUUCACUACUCCAGUGUUGUUAUUAAACAUUCCCACACACAGGAAGUGUCUCUGUCCCCCAGACUUCCUCCAGACACCACAGAGGAAGAGGAUGUUCAGUACACUGCUGUGAACUUUAGCAGGAGCACUGCUGCCAUCCAGUAA